AUGGGAGCGGGAUCGGCGCGGGGGACCCGAGGCACAGCGGCGGCGGCGGCGGCGGCGGCGCAAGGGGGGGGGUUUCUCUUCACCUGGAUCUUAGUCUCGCUCGCCUGUCACCUGGCCUCCACCCAAGGAGCUCCUGAAGAUGUGGACGUCCUCCAGCGGCUGGGCCUCAGCUGGACAAAGGCGGCGGGCGGCCGGAGCCCCCCACCCCCAGGGGUCAUCCCCUUCCAGACGGGCUUCAUCUUCACUCAGCGGGCCCGGCUCCAGGCUCCCACGGCCGCCGUCGUCCCCACCGCCCUGGGCACGGAGCUGGCGCUGGUGCUCAGCCUCUGCUCCCACCGGGUGAACCAUGCCUUCCUCUUCGCCGUCCGCAGCCGGAAGCGCAAGCUGCAGCUGGGCCUGCAGUUCCUCCCCGGCAAGACUGUGGUCCACCUGGGGCCCCGGCGCUCUGUGGCCUUCGACCUCGAUGUCCACGACGGGCGCUGGCACCACCUGGCCCUGGAGCUCCACGGCCGCACGGUCACCCUGGUGACAGCCUGUGGGCAGCGCCGGGUGCCCGUCUCGCUGCCUUUCCACAGGGACCCAGCGCUCGACCCUGACGGCUUGUUCCUCUUUGGGAAGAUGAGCCUGCAUGCAGUCCAGUUCGAGGGGGCCCUGUGCCAGUUCAGUAUCUACCCCGUGGCGCAGGUCGCUCACAAUUACUGUACCCACCUGAGAAAGCAGUGUGGACAGGCUGACACCUACCGGCCCCAGCUGGGACCCUUCUUCCCCCGAGACUCUGGCACACCCCUCGUCUUCCAGACCGACCUCGCCCGGUUGGGCCUGGAGAAUCUGACCACUGCCACGCUGGCCCUGGAGUCACGGCCGGCAGGCAGGGGGCCUGGGGUGACUGUGGGGCCUGCCGUGCCCAUCAGGCCCAUGAGGACUAGCACCACACGCCCGCCCCAGCCCAUCACAUCCCAUCCAGCCUGGACCCCCCUGCCCCCAGCCAAGCUAUCAGCCGGUGAAGGGCCUCCUCCCGUGUCCCCAGUCUCUCCCACCAGCUCCCCCAGACCUGUCCAGCCACUGCAGAAGAACACAGCCACCAAGACCUCCAAAAGGCACCCCGCCACACCUUCAGCCCUUUUUCCUUCAAUUGCCCCAGUCAGAAGCCCCCGCCCCACCCAGAAGACAGCUCCGCCUGCCUUCACAAAGCCAGCCCCACCCACCAAGAAGCCGGUGCUACCUACUCCCCAGCCCAUCCCUGCCAAAGUCUCCCGUCCCACAGUGAAGCCGAUCCAGAGGAACCCCGGCAUGCCCAGACUCCUGCCACCCAGUGCCCGGCCCCUACCUCCAGCUGCUGCCUCCUCUAAAAAGCCUCUGCCCCCAGUGGUCCAGGCUGAGGCCAAGAUGAGUAGUCACGCCAUUGUGCCGGCUCCUGCCCGCACCAGCACACACAGACCUCCCCCAGCCACAGUCCCGCCCCCGUCACCUGUCCCCAGUCCUAGCCCUCCCAGGACCGCUCGGCCAAGGGCCACAGCAAUGCCUCCCACCUUCGCUCCUGGUUCAGCCUCCACUGGAAGCAAGAAACCCACUGGAUCAGAAGCCACAAAGAAAGCCAGACCCCGGAAGCCCGUCCCGCUCAGAUCCGGGAAGGCAGCCCGGGAUGUCCCGCUGAACGAUCCGACAAGGGGGUCCAACCCCAGACAGCCCCGGGCCAGGCAGCAGACCACCCUGGCCCCAGCGCGAUUCCUGUCCUCCAGCCCUCAACCCAUCAGUACUGGCUAUUCGUUCUUCCAUCUGGUGGGACCCACACCUUUCCUGCUGCUGAUGGGACCUCCGGGACCCAAGGGAGACUGUGGUUUGCCGGGUCCCCCUGGACUGCCUGGGCUUCCUGGACCCCCUGGCGCCCGGGGUCCUCGGGGUCCUCCUGGGCCUUAUGGAAAUCCAGGCCUUCCUGGCCCCCCUGGAGCCAAAGGACAGAAAGGGGACCCCGGGCUCUCACCAGGAAAGGCCCACGAUGGGGCAAAGGGCGACAUGGGCUUGCCCGGGCUCACUGGGAAUCCAGGACCCCUUGGACGAAAGGGACAGAAGGGUUAUCCUGGACCGACGGGGCACCCCGGAGAACAGGGGCAGCCAGGACCCGAGGGUAGCCCAGGGGCCAAAGGUUACCCUGGCAGGCAGGGGCUGCCUGGACCUGUAGGAGACCCUGGGCCCAAAGGCAGCCGGGGCUACAUUGGGCUCCCGGGGCUCUUCGGCCUGCCAGGGUCCGAUGGAGAGCGAGGUCUGCCUGGCGUUCCUGGCAAGAGGGGCAAGAUGGGUAGGCCGGGGUUUCCUGGAGACUUUGGGGAAAGAGGCCCUCCGGGACUGGAUGGAAACCCUGGAGAACUGGGCCUGCCAGGACCCCCAGGAGUCCCCGGCCUCAUUGGCGACAUGGGAACAUUGGGUCCAAUUGGCUACCCAGGACCCAAGGGCAUGAAGGGACUGAUGGGAAACGUGGGGGAACCCGGACUGAAAGGUGAUAAGGGUGAACAAGGGGUUCCAGGUGUGUCAGGAGAUGCCGGAUUCCAAGGAGACAAGGGGAGCCAGGGCUUGCCAGGGUUCCCCGGCGCACGGGGGAAGCCAGGGCCUGUGGGCAAAGUUGGAGACAAAGGAUCCAUUGGGUUUCCUGGGCCCCCGGGACCUGAGGGAUUCCCUGGAGACAUUGGCCCCCCCGGGGACAACGGCCCAGAAGGCGUGAAGGGUAAGCCUGGAGCUCGAGGCCUGCCAGGACCCCGUGGGCAGCUGGGGCCCGAGGGAGAUGAGGGGCCCAUGGGGCCACCAGGGGUCCCUGGCUUGGAGGGUCAACCUGGCAGGAAGGGGUUUCCUGGAAGACCUGGCCCGGAUGGCUUGAAGGGCGAGCCAGGCGAUGCUGGACGGCCGGGGCCUGUGGGCGAGCAGGGACUUCUGGGAUUCAUUGGUCUGGUCGGGGAGCCAGGAAUCAUGGGAGAAAAGGGUGACCGGGGCAUGAUGGGACCCCCAGGCGCGCCCGGACCCAAGGGGUCGAUGGGCCAUCCUGGAACCCCAGGUGUGGUGGGAAACCCGGGAGAGCCUGGACCUCCGGGUCCUCCAGGAUCUCGAGGCCCACCAGGCAUGAGGGGAGCAAAGGGACGCCGGGGACCCCGAGGACCAGACGGACCAGCUGGGGAGCAGGGGUCUAAGGGCCUGAAGGGCCCACCAGGACCACAGGGCAGACUGGGCCAGCCCGGGCAGCAGGGCGUGGCUGGCGAGCGAGGGCACUUGGGCACACGAGGCUUUCCUGGCCUCCCGGGUCCUUCCGGUCCCCCAGGUGCCAAGGGCCUCCCAGGAGAACCGGGCCCUCAGGGACCCCAGGGGCCAAUUGGCCCUCCUGGAGAGAUGGGACCCAAGGGACCACCAGGUGCAGUGGGAGAACCGGGCCUUCCUGGGGAAGCUGGCAUGAAGGGUGACCUUGGGCCUCUGGGCAUCCCUGGGGAGCAGGGCCUCAUUGGGCAGCGGGGAGAGCCAGGCCUCGAGGGUGACAGUGGUCCUGCAGGGCCUGACGGGCUGAAGGGGGACAGGGGUGACCCCGGGCCUGACGGUGAACGUGGCGAGAAGGGCCAAGAGGGACUGAAGGGCGAGGACGGGCCCCCCGGCCCCCCUGGCAUCACCGGCGUCCGGGGUCCUGAAGGAAAACCAGGGAAGCAAGGCGAGAAGGGCCGGAUGGGAGCCAAGGGUGCCAAGGGCUACCAAGGACAGCUGGGUGAGAUGGGCGUCCCUGGAGACCCCGGACCCCCUGGCACCCCAGGCCCUAAAGGGUCCCGGGGCAGCCUGGGACCAACGGGUGCUCCAGGACGGAUGGGGGCCCAAGGAGAGCCAGGACUGGCUGGUUACGACGGACACAAAGGCAUCAUGGGACCCCUCGGACCUCCUGGACCAAAGGGUGAAAAGGGGGAGCAGGGCGAGGACGGCAAGGCUGAGGGGCCCCCCGGACCACCUGGAGAUCGGGGCCCCGUGGGUGAUCGAGGAGACCGUGGCGAACCUGGGGACCCUGGAUACCCUGGACAGGAGGGUGUACAAGGCCUCCGUGGAAAUCCAGGCCAGCAGGGCCAACCCGGGCAUCCGGGACCCCGGGGACGGCCGGGCCCCAAAGGAUCGAAAGGGGAAGAGGGACCAAAGGGAAAGCAGGGCAAGGCUGGGGCGCCAGGACGGAGGGGGAUCCAGGGCCUGCAGGGGCUCCCAGGGCCUCGGGGCGUGGUGGGGAGACAGGGCCCUGAGGGUGUUGCUGGACCAGAUGGGUUUCCUGGCCGCGACGGUCAAGCAGGACAGCAGGGGGAGCAAGGAGAUGAUGGGGACCCUGGGCCCAUGGGCCCUGCUGGGAAGAGAGGAGAUCCAGGUGUGGCUGGCUUGCCUGGAGCACAGGGGCCCCCAGGACUCAAGGGUGAAAGUGGGUUACCUGGGCAGAUGGGACCCCCUGGCAAGCGAGGGACAGAAGGCGGCAUGGGGCUUCCUGGGAGCCAGGGGGAGCCUGGAUCCAAAGGCCAGCCGGGUGAUUCUGGCGAGAUGGGAUUCCCAGGAGUGGCUGGCCUCUUCGGACCUAAGGGCCCCCCAGGAGACGUCGGUUUCAAAGGCAUCCAGGGCCCUCGGGGGCCUCCUGGCUCGGUGGGAAAGGAAGGUAUCAUCGGGCCCCUAGGAAUCCUGGGACCUUCGGGACGCCAGGGUCCAAAGGGCGACAAAGGCAGCCGUGGGGACUUGGGAUUGCAAGGUCCGAGGGGUCCUCCCGGUCCCAGAGGGCAGCCCGGCCCACCGGGUCCUCCAGGGAGCCCUAUCCACUUUCAACAAGAUGACCUUGGGGCAGCUUUCCAGACGUGGAUGGACACAAGUGGGGCACUGAGAGCAGAGGGUUACAGCCAUCCGGACCGGCUGGUGCUGGACCAGGGAGGGGAGAUCUUUAAAACCUUACACUACCUCAGCAACCUCAUCCAGAGCAUUAAGACGCCCCUGGGCACCAAAGAGAACCCCGCCCGGGUCUGCCGGGACCUCAUGGACUGUGAGCAGAAGAUGGUGGAUGGUACCUACUGGGUGGAUCCGAACCUUGGCUGCUCAUCCGACACCAUUGAAGUCUCCUGCAACUUCACGCAUGGUGGACAGACGUGUCUCAAGCCCAUCACGGCCUCCAAGGUGGAGUUUGCCAUCAGCCGGGUCCAGAUGAAUUUUCUGCACCUGCUAAGCUCUGAGGUGACACAGCAGAUCACCAUCCACUGCCUUAACAUGACCGUGUGGCAGGAGGGCACCGGGCAGACCCCAGCUAAGCAGGCUGUGCGCUUCCGGGCCUGGAACGGGCAGAUCUUUGAGGCCGGGGGUCAGUUCAGUCCAGAAGUGUCCAUGGAUGGCUGCAAGAUCCAGGAUGGCCGCUGGCAUCAGACACUCUUCACCUUCCGGACCCAGGACCCCCAGCAGCUGCCCAUUGUCGGCGUGGACAACCUCCCUCCUGCCUCAUCAGGGAAGCAGUACCGCCUCGAAGUUGGACCUGCGUGCUUCCUCUGA